UGUCUUCAUUGAUGUGAAGGAGAAGAAAGUGUUGUCGACAUUAGACAAUGUAGACUCCAGUCAACCACUGUGGCCGAUAUUCGGGGUGUAUAGCGCACCUUACCUCACUGUCAGCAUGAGACUUGUGGUGGGCAGUGACAUCAACGUGACAGAGGAGAAGAAAGCAAUGAUUGUCAAGGCGCUGUCGUGAUGUGGCAUGCUAAAGGCGGGCAUGGUGAAUGGACAUCUUCCCAAAGUGCUCUGUCUGUCAUCAGCAGUUUGUCCUCAAAGGCCCCGCCCCCUACCUACUGCCCUGUCUACAUGCUGUGUGUGAGACGUGUGUGACAUCUGCAGCUGGUGGUGUGAUAUCAUGCUCUACUUGUCAGAGGGAGGUCAACCUCACAGACACAAGCCUCCAGAAGGAUGCAGUGAGACAGAAGGAAAUAUUCCAUCUGACAGUCAAACAUCGCCCCACAGAGCUUCUCUGUACACACGAAGAUGACGGCAACCAGGCUGUGUGUUGGUGUCGGGAGUGUGAAGAGCUCCUCUGUGAAUACUGCCAGAAUAUGCACAGCAACUUCAAACUGACCAGAAAACAUGUACUUCAAAACCUCAGCGACUUUAAACCAGCUGUCUCAAACAUUCCAACCCCUUGCAGUAUCCACAGCCAUGACUCUCUUUAUCUUUUUGAUCGGAGAUGCAACAUUUUGAUUUGUGGAAGAUGCAGAUUUGAAGAUCACGCAGAUCAUGAAGUUGAGAAGGUAGAUGUGGUAGCUGAAAGUAUCCUCAAACAGCUGGACCAACACAAAACUGAGCUGGCAACCUUACAAGCUCGCCAACAGUCCAACAUUCAGAAUAUCAGACGAGGGACCGAAAUCACAGAUACAACGCACAACACGUUGAAAGAAAAUAUUGGCCAUACUUUUAGAACUCUGCGAUCACAACUUGACCAACGAGAGAAGGAACUUCUGACUGAUCUUGAAGGUCAGACGAAGGCGACCAAGACAAGUCUCCGUACUCAGCUAAACACAUGUGAAGAAGCUUCGAAGAAAUGCUCUGAGGUUUUAGACUACGUCACCAAGGUUCUCACGUAUGCCUCACAAUCAGACCUCCUGGAGUUGGAGAGUUCUGUAAGGGAGGCAACUCGGGCUUUCCUUGACACUGUUGAGACUCAAACACAGGACAUACCCGCAGCUGUCUUUAACACCAACGGCUUGUCAAAGCUGAAAUCAAACAUAUCACGAUUUGGGGCUGUCGUGACCAAGGACAUGGAAAAACAAUAUGCAAGAGACAAGGAAACUCAAACUGAACAUGACUUCAUAGCUGAGAUGGAAAUCAAAUAUAAGAACAGCAUCGAUGAGAACGAAAACAUCGUGAAGAGAGCCUCAGAAACCAUCCAUUUCCUGCUUGGGCUGCUCAGUGAAUGCGAUGUUCACCUGCUGAAACCAGACGCCUUGGACAAGUCGAUGGUGCUGAAGUGUAUACAUCUGAAGUAUGACACAGAUAAAAUUAACCUUGACCGCACCCACAUCAACACAGAGGGGGACUUGAUCAACAGCAAGUCUGACACCAGGUCUGCAGGGGAAGGGAGACUGACGAACUACGGGGGCACAUGCAGCACUAUCCCCCUCCCCUUGGCUGAUUGUCCCCAGUACUGGGAGACGGAGACCAGGGUCGGACUGGACAAAACACUCCCAGGGGGCAAUCUCAUCCUGGAGGUUGGUGUCUGUGCUGAGGGAGAGAUGGACAUGACUCACUACGUAGCCCGUCGUCCCCAUGCCUACAGUUUGAUCGUCGUCCACUGUACUACUCACAAAGGGAUAUGCAGGAUAACCUGGAAGGAGGGAAAGGUUGUGUUACAUCUACCUGACACCAUCCCCAACACAGCAGGGGCAUCACACACACUACACUACGGUGUUGUCUAUGAUGACGCCAGGAAGAAGAUUGUCUUCAUUGAUGUGAAGGAGAACAAGGUGAUGUCGACGUUAGACAAUGUAGACUCCAGUCAGCCCUUGUGGCCGAUAUUUGGGGUGUAUGGUGCAUAUGUAAACACUGUCAGCAUGAGGCUUGUAGUGGGCAGCGACAUCAACAUGACUGAGGAGAAAAAAGCGAUGAUUGUCGAAGCACUGUCGUGACAUCGUGUUAUGACACCGGCGGCCAUGGUGGUGAGUAGGAACACACGGAGAUAUGUACCAACGAUAUCAACAUGACGGGGAGAAGAAAGCUCUAGUUAUAAGACACUGUCAUGAUGCCAUGUUAUGACACCGGCGGCCAUGGUGGUGAGUAGGAAC